AUGGACCAGUGGAGAGGUGAAAACGCGGUCGUCACAGGUGCCGGAUCGGGCAUAGGAGCGGCUACGACAUUAGAGCUGCUGCGACACGGUGUAAACGUAGUCGGGUUGGACAUCCAGUCGGCAAGACUUGAGAAACUCGAAAAUUCGUUAGAAGACGACACGAAAACUCCUACAACGAUCCCAGACGGCAUCCGGCGAGGAAUUUUCUAUCCUAAGACCUGCGACAUCACCGACGAACGAGCAGUACAGGAUGUGUUUGGCUGGGUGGAUGCAGAGCUCGGUGGCGUCAGCGUGUUGGUCAACAACGCUGGCAUCAUAAUGCGAAGCAGUCUGUUGGACGGUACGUUGAAAGAUUGGAAAUUUUUAAUGAAUAUCAAUGUAUUGGCGCAAUGCGUGUGUUCGAGAGAAGCUUACCGAUCGAUUUCCAAGAACAAUAGUAUUCUUUACGGACACAUUGUUCAAAUAAACAGUAUUGGCGGUCAUUCCAUCACUCCGUAUUACGCGCACAAAAUGUACAACGCUUCUAAAACGGCCAUCACGGUGUUGUGUGAAGGUCUUCGGCACGAAAUUAGUCUUGUAAAUUCAAAGAUCAAAGUAUCGGUGAGUUCUGUGAUGUACUAA